ACAUAAAUUGGGCGUACAAAGAAAUUUUUAAUUUACAGUGUCUGUAUUUAUAAAAGUGGAUGUUAAAAAAACCCGAAUUUAUUGGCUUCAAAAUGUGUAAAUAAGAGAAAUAAUAUGUAUUGUAGAUUUUGACCUUUUAGAUGCAAUAAAAUUAUUAUUAAAAAAUUUAUGAGGCUUAGAAUAGUAUUUAGGGGGUCUAAAUACUUUCUAAAAUUUGGCAAGAAUAUGUACCUAUUUAUAGAAAUGAUGUAUGAAGCCACAAUAUACGUGUGAGUUUUUUUCAAAUAAAAAAUAAAAAUAAACUAUAUUUUAUGUGUGCUUGAAAAAUGUAAGCAACUGAGUGCGAGGAAAGAGAAAAAACCGUAUAAUUAUAAUAAUUUAAUAAUAAUUAAAAUAAUUAUAAUUUAAGAUAAUUAUAAUUUAAAUAAAGUUGGAUGAAAGAAUUAUUACGAAAAUGCAUCUGUGGAAUUGGAAGGCGUGUUUGAAGAGAGGAGUUAAAGAGAGAAAUAGAGAAACUUUUUCUGUAUGUUUAAUUAUUUAAACCAUUAUUUUACAAUAUUACUUAAGAAAACAACUAAACCAAUUUAACUGCUUAUUAGAUAAUUUUAUUAUGUCAUAACAAAAAGAUUAAAAUGAUUUAAUCUGUCAUUAACCUUUCAAUUACAAUAUUUGCCUCAGAACAAUGAGGAUGCAAUAAAAUAUUAGUUCUAUUUUUGUUAAUUAAAUUAAUGAAUAAUUUAACAAUACUGGUGAUAAGUAAUUUAAAUUAAUGUAAAGAAUUUAUUGCGAAAAAUAACACCUUUUCUACAUAAGAUGCGAUAGAAUUAUAUAAAGAUAUUUAUCGCAAUAACUAAUGUACAUUAAAGGAAAGCUUUUCUUUUAUACUACAGUUAUAAACAAUUUAAUUGUAAUUGGACACUUCUCUUUAAGCUAUGCUGUUCAACAUGUGUUUGUAAGAUUUUGUACACAUACGCCUUUGCUGGACCAUAAGAUUGAAAACGCGUUAGAAAAUUGAAACAAUUUUUGAAAAAUUCUUUUGAUUAUAAUUGUUAUUUACACAUUUGUUAACUAUUUUUCUUUACGCUCUGAUAAUUGCAGAGGCACGUAUUGGCAUUUAAUAUUUCAUUUUUAAAUUGGUAUUAUAAAAACUUCUAUACACUAUUUAAUGAAAAAACACUUUUUAGUUUAUAUUUACGCUUUAUAUUUAUAUUUUUUAUUUAAAUUACUUAAAAACAAAGUGGUUUGCCAGUCUUGGCCAUCUUCUUCUGUAUUUGCUUCAUAAAAUAUUUUCUUUUUAUUAAGAAAUAGAUAUUUAUGCAACUAGUGCGGUAAGUCGGCUUGUUGUUCGUAAGCUACAGGAUAUGGAUACACGAGCCGAAAGCAAGUGUGUCCAUCCGCACGAGCGGGCAAUAGCUGAUCCGCACAUGUCGCAUACAACAUUUUUUGUUACUUGUUUGUCAAAAUAAUAGUUUUUUUGUGUGAAAUGACAUGUGAGAAAAGAACCAUUUUUUAGGCAUAAAUAGCGAAAAAGUAUAAUAAUUAAAAAUUUUUUAAAAUAGUAACAGUAUUUUUUAUAGCUCUUCUUUUCUUAUUAUAUUACUUUUUUUUGUUCACUAAUUUUAUUUUCUAUUACUAUUUAAUUAAUUAAAAAAAUAUAUUUAUUAAUGUAUAACAUGUAAUGCAUAACGCAUAAUAUAUAUGUACUGUUUGUUAACAAAGAUUAGGAAAAAUAGUAGUUUCUUCAGAAGGAAAAAUUAAACUUAACUGUUUUAAACUUUUAUGUAUAAAGUAUUGGGUCAAAGUAUAUAUACAAAAUAUUAGUAAACACACAAUAUAAAAUAAUGUUAUAUUUAAAUUAUUGCAAUAGUAAAAAUUUCUUUCUUUUUAAUGAUGUAUUAAUGCAACACCUAUUUGCUUAAAAAUAAACAUAAAUUCAAUUAUCUCUUUAAUGGGCUCGUUUUACUGAUUAUUGUCUUUAUUAUUUACAUUUUUAAAUAUUAAGCUUAAUUAACUCUUAUUAAAUGCAUUUAAUUUAUUAAAACCGCUUAUAUAAACAGCUGCAUGCAACCUAAUGUCGCAGACGUAACACGUCGUUCUCCAUUCUACGUAAGGCCAGAGAGAAUUUACAACUCAUGCACUUGCCACAGUGUUUUGCUUCCCUAUUUAAUUUUUUAUAUUUUGAAAAAAGAUUCUCAUUAUGUUUCCCUAAAAUGUUUGUACUGCGAGAAACUUCAAUAUAAUUAAAAGUCACAUUCGCUUGUAAAACUAUUCAGAACGUCAAGUAACAGAAGAAGUGAACGUCGAUUAACAAGUGAAAAUGAAGAAAAAAAUUCAUAAGCAAGCAGAAGAAAACUUGCUUUUGAUAGAGUUCAUCUUACGUCCAAUAACAUAUACUUCCUGGCUUUUAGGUGUCGGCGUUGCACAUCCACGCAAAUGUCCUAAGAGUGUCACGAUAAUCCUACGUAUAAUACAUUUGGCCUUGUGUUCUAUUAGCGUGACAUACAAUUUGAAAAAUUUUCUCAAUUCCUACAACGACUUUAAUCUUGAAAGUGACAUAUACAAGUGUUUACGUUUUAUAAACUUGGUGAUAAGUCAUGUAUCCACGUAUUACUACAUUUAUCAAGUAAUCAGGCAAUACGAUAAGUGGCUUGAACUGAUGGACAAAAUAAAGGAACUCGAUCAGAAGAUUAUGAAGGAAAUGCCUAUAAGUAGCAGGCCAAUAAAAAUUGUGGAAACGCUAGCGAUUUUAGCGACGUUCACUUGUUGUCCUUUAGGCCUGAUUGCGGACGUCUUGUAUUAUUACUUUACAAAUCCAUACAAAAUCGGGAUUCAGUUGACAGUUUAUUAUAUGUCAGCCCAAUCCCUGAUUAACAGCUUUGUUUUUGAUGUAGUUGUCUAUGUGCUAUAUUGUAGAUUAGAAGUGAUAAAUAAAUUGGCCGGCCAAUUGGAUGAGAUAUCCGAUGCGAUAAGGGUAACGCUUAAGAUUAGGCGCAUCCGUGAAAUGCAUAAUGGUAUUUGGGAUCUUGUCAUUAUGAUAAAUGAUAUUCAUGGUUUUCAUCUUCUUCUUUGUUCGGUGAACUGUCUUACUAUGGCCGUAACUCAACUAUUUGCAAUCUACACAGUAAUUAUGGAGAAAAAUAACCCGUUUAUGUUGAUAUAUAUUAUCUUACCGGCUCUCUACAUUACGCAAUUUGGUCUGAUGUGUUGGAUUUGCACACUUAUGCGUCGAGAAAUCGACAAAUCCGGGAUAAUUAUUUACACAAUUGUAUUGAAUUUCAAACAUGUAAAUCUUAAAUUAAAAGGGAGUAGUCAAUCAAAUCUAGAAAUGGAAACAUCAGUGGAAGAUUCGAACAGCGGCCAAAAUUCUAUUUGGAGCACCAGUCACAGUCCGAUCAAUUUUGCCAUGGAAAAUUUGAGCGAAAAUUUGAACCGUGACUGUAUUAGAAGAGAGAUAAAGGAUUUUUUGAUUCAGUUGCAACAUCGCCGAGUAGUAUUUACGGCCUGUGGUUUCUUCGAAAUGAACAAUGUAGUAUUUAGUGGGUUUAUUGGCGUGAUCAUUGUUUAUUUGACAAUCUGUAUUCAAUUUUAUAAACCCACUAAACAUAUAGAAAAUACUAUACGAAAGGAAGUUCACUCGAUAUGUUCUUUUAAAAUUUGUGGAUUUUGACUAAUUUCCUUAAUAUUUACUCUUUGACAACUGCAGAGACACAUAUUAGCAUUUAAUGUUUUGCUUCUAAAUUAGUAUUAUAAAAAGUUUUAUUUAGUAUUUUAUAGGGUAUGCUUUUUAGUUUAUAUUUACGGUUUCAAAGUCUUAUUCUUAUAUUUUGUAUUUAAUUUAAUCAAAAACAAAGAGGUCUACCAGUCUUAGCCAUCUUUUUCUGCAUUUGUUUUAUAAAAUAUUUCUUUUGCAUCAAGAAAAAGUAAUGUCAAAAAAUUUAAUAAUAACAAUAUUAUAAAUAGUUUCGCCUUAAUUCGUUAUUGUAAUAAGUCAAUAAACGCAAAGG